GGGCGCAGCUGCGUCUCGGGAGCCUCUUCCGGGCGGAGGAAGCGCCUUUCCCGGGCUGGGCCUGGCCGUGGAGGCAGGAGAAGGGGCCCGCCAUGUCUCACGGCAGUAGCCGGAGGAGGGAGGCGAGGGGCAGCGGCAGCCCCAAGAGGGCCCGGAGCCGCAGCGAGUCUGAGCCCAGCGCCAGCCGCAGCCGCCGAAGCUCCUCCAGCAGCAGCAGCACCAAGACCCGCCCUGGCCAUGGAGGGCAGGAGAGGAAGGAGCAGCGGCGCCGGAGCCGCGAUGCCCAGCACAUCCAGCAGAUCCAGCACCUGGAGUCCUUCUACGAGAAACUUCCUCCGGGGUUCAUUAAGGAAGAUGAGACUAAACCAGAGGACUGCAUUCCUGAUGUUCCUGGCAAUGAAAACGCCCGGGAAUUCCUAGCACAUGCUCCCACCAAAGGGCUCUGGAUGCCACUUGGGAAAGAGGUCAAAGUGAUGCAAUGCUGGAGAUGUAAACGUUAUGGACACCGAACGGGGGAUAAAGAAUGUCCAUUCUUCAUUAAAGGCAACCAGAAAUUAGAACAAUUUCGAGUUGCCCAUGAAGACCCCAUGUAUGAUAUAAUAAGAGAAAAUAAGCGCCAUGAGAAAGAAAUGCGAAUACAGCAGUUGAAGCAGCUGCUGGAGGACUCUACUUCGGACAGCAGCAGCGACAGUUCCACUUCUUCCGGGUGCCAUGAAAAGGCAAAGAAAAAAAGAAAGAAGGAGAAAAAGAAAGAGAAGAAAAAAAAGAAGAAGAAAAGAAAGCACAAAUCCAAAUCGGACAAAUCAGUUUGAGGAGAGACUGCCUCUGUAGUGAAUGUAUGCUGUGCAGUAAAGCAUCCAAAGAACGAUCCUCUGCAAAGGGCUUUGGAAAGUUUCAGGGCACAACCACAGACAUAUUAUUUACAUCUUUAUGUCAUUUCUGAAGUACCCCAAGUCCUCGCGCUGUGCCUCCAUGUUGAUUUUUUUUUUUUUUGCAUCUUUGAGAGGGGUGUUUUUUUAAGUGUGGCUGCUUGGUAAAAGAGCUGCUACUCAGAGAAAGUGGCUUUGGUGUGUGUGCCCUGCCACCCCAAAUUGCACAAGAUUGAUUGGAUGAUGAGUAGGCUAGAAAGGCAUGAAGUAUCAAGACCUAUAAAGUGAUUUAGUGUGGACUGACUGCCUUCAGCUGAAUGUUAGCUUUAGAAAGAACUUUUAAAAAACAGAAUGGUGUGAUUAAACACAAUACCAGUCAUAGAUCUUGGUUUCUCUGCUACAGUUUAAGAACACACUUUGAAUUUUAUAUAGACAAGAGUUGCACUUUCUUUAACAAUGUCAGGUUGUGCUGCUUGGGCAGCCAAGCCUGAGAUAGAGAACAUCUAGUCUUCCACUUGUUGGGCUUCAGCUCCCACCAAUAAUACUAAUGCUAAUGAUAAUUUAAUUUCCUACCUGCCUCUCCUUGUGGCUCGAGGCAGCAUGCCAACAUAGCUAAAAACAUAUAAAUCAUAAAACACACAAAAGAAACACAUUUCUGUGUAAUAUAUAUAUUAAAAUACACAGAAGACAAAACACAAAACAUAAGUUUAAAAUUAAUAGUUGAAAUUGACUGGCAGGCCUGAUGUAAGAGAUAGGUCUUUAGUUAUGUUUUAAAUUCCAACAGUUCAUUUCAGAUCUCUUCUGGCUGAUCAAUCCAUAGUCGUGGGACGGCCGAUGAUAACAUUCUCCAGAUGAUGGUCGCCCUUCUGGUUCUGGCUGGUUGGAGUAAAUGUCCACCAGGAACUUAACUCUGAUGGGGUGGCUUAUAUGGGUGAAGGCAAUCAUGUAGGUAAUCUUGACCCAAACUAUGUAGGGCUUUAAUGUUAAAAAACAACAACACUGUACUUUGCCUGGAGACUAAUUGCCAGACCUUAGUAUAGGGAUUAUAUGUUCACUCCUAGAUUUAUUUAUUUACAGCAUUUAUAUUCUGCCCUUCUCACCCCAAAGGGGACUCAGGGUGGAUCACAGAACACAUACACGACAAACAGGACAGAUAACAGAUAGAAGUAUAUGUCGGCAUUUUCCCCAACUUCGGCAUCCUGGAGGUUGUGCUGAAUUCCAGCCACAGGGGGGUGCUGUCACUCCAUCCUCUAUGACAAGAGACCUUGAUCACAGACUUCCUCCUUGCUGGUAUUUUCUAGUAUUUCCUUUUUAUGAUGCUGUAAAAUACCUCCCUGCUUAAGCGGUGCCUAAUUUUUCUGCUCACAGCUGUUUCAGAACUGCUUAGGUGGAUAGUAAGCUGGGCUGAAGGUCAGGGGCUAACCUAGACCCGGAUUUUGAACUGCCAAUCUUUCGAUUGGUGUGAUUAUUGCUGUUGGUGAUUAACGUGACCCUAGAUGUUCCUGUAACCAAUCUGGCUGCGAAGUUUUGAACUAAUUGGGAGUUUCUGAACUUAGUACAGCAGUAGGCCAAUGUAAAACACAUGUAAGGUCCAAUCUUCUUGUUGUCAGUGUGUGCACUACCAUCUUUAGGUUCUCUGAUUCCAAGCCAAUGCUGAGUGAUGAUGGAAGACACAGUCAAGCAGCAUUGGAAGAGUUACCAAACAUAGUGCAAAAGGGCUUUUUCUAAGCAACCCUGCAGAAGCGUCACUCUGUGUGCAGCUUGUUGGAUCACAAGUUGCACAGACCUUUAAACCCUCCAUGUCAAAUGAGUUCCUGAUAGACUGUUUAUGGUAACUUUUGAAAAUUUCAUGUAUACUUGCUGUGAAAUCAUUAAAAGCCUUUUUAAAGGCUGACCAGUAUACAUCUACAUACAAUGUUCUCCCCUGAAAUUGAAGUAUUAGCUGAAAAGGUAGCCAAGAUGUAAACCUAGGCUGUGAUUUCAGCAUUGCUAUAUACUGUGAAUCUUGUUUUCUUAAUUAAUGAGAGCAUUAAAUGGUUAUGUUGAUUCCCUAUAGAAUUUAACCCCCAAACAUUAAAACCAGUCUUGGAAUCUUAAAAA